UGCGUUAGCUCCACGUGAAUUUUCACUACUUAAGCUCCUCAGAUCGAUCCUCUUGAUUCAUUCCGCUACACAGGAAGCAAGGAAAACCCACUGUUCUCUCUACUGAAGCUACAAGGACAUCAUCAUCAUACAAUGUCAAAACCCUCGUCCCACGCUGAAGAUUUAUAUCUCUCAUCCUCCACGGAGGAAGAUUCGUCGGCACCGCCGCCGCCACCGCCGAAGGUUGACGUGAUCGACAAAAAGAAAAAUCCAAGCCGCCGACAUCGACGAGCUCGAGCAAGAGGUCAAAACGUUCGUCCCAUACCGAUUCGUAUCUCUCAUCCUCCACUGAGGAAGAUUUGCCAGCACCGCCACCGCUACCACCGAAGGCUGACGCGGUCGAAAAAAGAAAAAAUCCAAGCCAUCGACAUCGUCAGCAAGCUCGAGCAAGAGGGUCAGAAUAGCUCCUGUGAAGCCGCGGCACGGCACUGCAGCGGAACUAUUCGGUGCCGAUAG